AUGGAGCCCUCUCCAUCCUCUACGGUGCCAUGGCCUUCGUCCAGCUUGGCUUCGAGUAUGGGAACCCUGACAUGCCCAAGAAGGAGGUCGAUGCCAUCCACUUCACCGUGGAUGACAUGCCCGGGGUGUGUGGAGAUCCAUCUCAGCGCACAGUACGUUGCUACUUUGACUGGGAAUAUGGUUCGUGAGCUCACGGGCAUCUUGUACCACGAGAUGGCUCACAUUUGGCAGUGGCAUGGCAAGGAGGGGAGCUGGCCGCCGCAGGGACUGAUCGAGGGGAUUGCCGACUUUAUGAGGCUCAAGGCUAAGCUCGGGGUAUCAGGCAAUGGGUUUGUGGGGUUGGGGAACCACUGGGACGAGGGGUAUGCCGUGACCGCGCUGUUUCUAAACUACGUCAACGAUCUCCACCCUAGCUUCGUGGCGGAGCUCAACAAGAAGCUCUACGACGGUUGGAGCGAGAGUUACUUCCAGGAUCUGACUGGGAAGAGCGUGGAUCAGCUGUGGAAUGAUUACAAACAGAAGUUCCACAAACAAGAUGUUGUAUAG